GUUCCCUUGUCAGCUGCACGAGAGACGCUAUGGAAGCUAUCGGCUACACUUCAGCUGUGGUUUAUUUAAAUUUGGUCGUUUGCUUUUUGUAUAUUUCGUAGUUCGCUACAGACCGGCGUUACGUCGCUGUGAGAACUUUGGCUUUUUUUUUUUUGCCGUUCCUUGUAAAGUGAAUGACCCAGGCAUACAAAGAUGAGCUGGGCUGAGGAGGACUGGACAGUGGGGCUGUCUGGAUGGGUUCUGCAAAAGGUGAAGGACCUGCAGGUUCAACAGGAGCGACUGUCAAGAGAGAACAAGCAGAAACAGCUGCAGCUGGAUAACAGCCAGACAGCCCUCCAAAAACAGACUGUGAAGUAUGAGGAGGUCCGUGACGAGCUCCAGUCUGUACAGAAGGAGCUCUGGAGUGCUCGGGAGGAGGCCCAGGCGGGCGUGUCCACAAGGGAACGCCUGUCACAGGAGCUUCAAACCAAGCAGGCUCAGGUGUGCGCUUUAGAGGGACAACUUGAUACUGCUCGGACUCUCAACAACAAACUCACCCAGGAAGUCAAAAGGCUGGAGGAAGAGCUAGAGAAGCUGCAGAUGUCUCCGAGCUCCAGUGUGUUCUCGACACCUAGCUGGAAUGUAGCCUCGCCCUGGGAACACAAUGUAGGGAGCAGAAGCAAAGAGACGGCACAGCAGAAAGGACACAGCCAGGCAUCUCAUGUCCGACAGCAGCUCCAGUUUUCAGACACGCCCAUGGCCUCUUUACCACGACAGCAGCACAAGACUGCACCCCACCGCCACUCAUCCGACCAAUUGGAUUCCUUCUCCACUCCCUCAGCUGUGUUUCCAUGGGAAAGGGACGAAUUGAGGCCAGCACCCAGGAGACGAACCACUUCUUCUCCCCAGACACCCUCAGCUGAUGUCAUAAGUCACGUCCGUUCAGAAUCGGGGUCUUGUGGGAAGGCAGAGGACACCAGGACAGAAACAGACACAGCCCUUUUGUCAGAUGCACGGAGUCGUGUGGCUACUCUGGAGGAGCAGCUGCGUGUGACAUCUGAGACAUUGAAAUCUGUUCAGAAUGAAGUGGUGCUGAGUAAGAAGGAGGUUGCUACCAAGGAGCGCAACCUGCAGAAAGUCCGUGACGAGCUGAGCCUGGCGCACACACGUGUGACCCAAGAGACUGAACGGACAUCUGGAGUAGAGCAGAAGCUGAAACAGGUACAAGAGGAGCUGAAGUGUCAGAGGCAGAAUGCAGAGAGCAGCCGACUGCAUCACCUGCAGCGCAUUAAAGAGCUGGAGAAACAACAUCAGACGGAUGUGAUGGAGCUUCAGAAGGAGUGUCAGUGUUUGCAGAAGCAUCAUCAGCAAGAGGUGAAUAAGCUCAAUCAGGAGCUCCAGCAGGCCAGGACACUUCAUAAUGCAUUGCAGGCCCAGGUUGACAAGAUGUCUCUGCAGAAGCAAUCAUUGGACAAAGAGUUGGACACUCUGAAAGAGAAACUGAAGUGGACGGAAGGACAGCUGCAAGAGACCCAAAAGAAAGAGGCACAGACGCAGGCUAAACUGCUGGAAGCAAAGCGUGAAGCAGAGGCUGUGGCAGUGUCUCUUGAGCAGAGCAGGAAAAAAGAACGAACCUUGGAGGAGGAGGGGAGAAGAUUGGCAGACGAGCGAGAUGAAGCACUCUGCCUUGUCAAAGAACUGCAGGAACAAAAAACUCUCCCAGUCCCUGUUGUACAGCAAGUACAGUUUUGCCCUGUUGGACAGAGCUUUUCAUCUGCUAGGUCCGGACCAUCAACCUUCACCAAGAAGGUCUCGGGCACCACCCAAAGCAAGUGGAGGAGCGAAGAGCAGGAUGAGAAAAAAGAUAAAAUUACAACAGUUUACCCCACUGACAGAGAGCCGGGUGAAGGUAUCGACUCUGAACACAUCACAGUUGUUCAUCCCACAGAUUCCAAAUGUUUACAAAGUGGAGGGCACAAAAAAGAUGGUAACAGGGAGAAGGAGUCUGAGGAGGACUCCUUGACUGAGAAAGCACUCCGUGUUUCCUCUCAGUCUGGUAGCAAAACUUCCUUUAGUCCCUCCAUUGAUUGUGAUCAGGGAAAAGACCUCCAGAGGGAGAAUUCCAUGCUACGUUCAGACCUACACGAUGUACGUGAUGAACUCCAAAAACGUCUGGAGGAUCUAGAAACCCAACGACGGUCUGAAACAGAAGCAAGGACACGCCUUAAACAACUUAGUCGGAAACUUGCCAACCAAGCUGUAGAGAGGAAGGAGCAGGACAAAGAAUGGAAUGCUAAGGUGGAGAAGGAGAGGGCAGAGGCAGAAAGUUUGAGGGAGACCCUUGCUGCUUUGGAGACCGAGUUGAAGAGGUGGAAGAUGCAAGGAGAAGUAAGGGAGGCCGAGGUGGAGGAUGAGGGUAAAAAGAAAGCGUUAGAAGACCGUGAGAGUGAACUAAUAGAGCUGAAUAUCCAACUCAAGAAGCAGCUAGUGGAGGUGAAGGCUCAACUGGCUUUAGAGCGAGAAGAGAGAAAGAGAGAAGAAGGGAGGAAUGAAGAUGGAAAGGAGGAAUUAACUGUAAAAAUAGAAGAACUGAAAGCUGAACUUGAGGAACUAAAGAAUCGCCAAACGGAAGACACACUGGACGAAAAGAAACUCUCAUUAAACAGCCCACUGACAUAUUUGACUCUCCGUGAUGAUGAACGUAAUGCCAACAUCGUCCACUGUGAAAAAAACCUCCCUUCAGCAGUGCAGCACCUCCUAUUCUGUCAGUCCACCAACCAGCACAACACACUUGUGUGUGAAACAGCAGAUCUCCCUCAGGAAGAGGGAAAAGUCAUAAACCCAGACUACUGUCCUUUGUCAAAUGAAGGAGAAGAAACCUCUAGUCAUGACUGUUUAACAGCACCUUCCCUCUCAGACCAGACAGAGACAUUAUCUGACCUUCAGAAGUGUGAGUUUAUCACCUCGGACUUGGCCAAGGAGGUUGAACGCCUGCAGAAAGAGAAAGUGAGAGAGACUGAGCGGGCUAACCAGUGCCAGAUGAAGCUGAUGGCCCUGCAGAGGCAGGUGACAUGUCAGACCCGACAGUUAAGUACGGCCUUUGACAAGCAAAGCCAGAAUAUCUCAGACUUGCUCGCUGAGCUGCAGGAGAAGGAGUGCUCCCUCAGUAGCCAGGGAGAGGAACUGCAACGUUGUAGGCAAGAGCUGGAUGCAUUGAAGGCUGAGAAAGAAGGCGAAAAAAAGACACAAAUAGAGGAGAAAGACAAAGAGCUCAAAGAGAGUGAAAAGCAAGAGAACUCAGGAAAGCUAUCAGAGCUACAGCCAAGACAGGAAAAGGAAUGUACUGCCAUUGUUCUCACGGCAAAUUCAAAGAGUGACACUGACACUAGUGCACAGAGAGAUGCAGAGAUUUUAAUAGCUGAUGCUGAAAAAACAGACAGAAAACUACAAACGUCUCUGACAGAGCAUCAAGCAUGUGGGAGGAGCAAGCUUGACCAUGUACAAGAUCGAAGAACCUUGCAGCCUUUUGAAGCAGCCUUGGUUACAACACCUCCAUCUCUCCAGCAGCCGGAACUAAGAAUUAAGACCUUGACAGUCUUGAAUAGAGGUAAUGCAGCAGUACACUCUGGCAAGGAAACUCAAGUUAAGGAAGGCACAAACCCAAGACAUGUAGCCGUGCUCUGUUCAGAGGAUCAGAAGUCACACUGCACAGGAGAGCUGCGUGACAUUACCACUGCUGCCCAGCAGUCAGUGCUGCAGAGGAGGAAAGCUGAUGGUGAACAUCUAGAAAGACAGGAUACAAGGACUUCUAUGAGUGGAGAGGAGCAGCGACACAUCAACCUCUUACAGCAACAGUUGAUGGCAGUGCACACAAAACUACAGGCACUGUCUGAAGAGAACCAGCAGCAGGCUGAGGAACUCUCUGUAUGGAGACUGGCCUCGCAACCACCCCCAUCAUUUGACCAGAUGUUUUCCCACACAGACGAGGAGUCUGAGGCUCAGAACCAGGUCUUUACUUUGAGGCAGUCCCAUUUAGGUCAGCCACAGACUGGUGACAUGCCACAGACCCCGACUCCACUCCCUCAGGUUCAGACACCAGUGAUGGGUCUAAAUGAGCCAGCACCCUCCUGUGUCUCCCAGAACUCUUGUCAAGUGACAGUCAUCCGAGAAGAUGAGUUAUAUUUGUCCUGCUUAUCUGGGAUGCUGCAAGGCCAAAUGUUGACUACCAGAAUGCAGCCUGGUACAGUUUCUGAACAAAAGACUCUCCAGCCUUGUAAAAAGGUUUCAACACUUCGUGGACACAUUGAAGACCCCACCAAGGAGUCUGAUAAAGAAAACCAGGAGGUAGAUGACUCGGAGCAGUCAAAAAUGUGCCAAAUACAACACAAACAGGAGAGAGAGUCUGAACUUAUCCAAAUGUCAUCUGAUAAAACCGGUGUGGGCAUCACCAAAGAUCCAAGAAGUCACCAAGAAGUCUUUGUGCCAAAGCAAACCAAAGCAGAAGAGAAUCCUGAAACCAAACCAGAUGCUUCCAGAGCAGCUAGUGAACUAGCCAUGAGCUGCCAUCCUUCAAAAAUAAGAACAGCCAGCACUCAGACAGAGGAGUGUGUGUAUCCUCUGAGUGCUCCUACAGCACCUGAGGUCCAUCAUUCAUACACACAAACGGAGGAGGAACACAAGGAGGACAAUGAAUUAACAGAAUCUCCCACUGCCUCUCCUGUCCCACUUUCUGAGGCAACAAACAUAGGAGACAAAAUGUUGCUUUCCAGUACUUUUCCCAUUCCGGCCGACCUGGCAUGUUUGGCUGAAAGAAUUCGACGCAACAGGACACAGCUGUCGGCUGCUUUUGAUGACACAGAAUAUGAACUGUAUGGCCUACCAGAAGAUGUCAUGAAAGGUUUUGCCAGCAUACCCAGUGAUCCUGCAUGCCCCUACAUAGUGAGAAGAGCCCUGUUAGGGACAGCUGUGGUGCCUAUCCCCCAGAAAGAAACUGUCGAGGAAACGGACUGAAAGAUGGUUAAAGAUACAAAGGCAUAUGAGGAGCAGUGAAAAAGCAACAGGAACCAUUUUCACUGAGAAUGAACUUUGGAUUGUUUAAACAAAUGUCAUCACAUUUGCACGUGUUUGCAGACUGAUUGUCUCCAGAUGUAUCAGGAGGAACUGAUCUCUAUAGGAAGACUCAGGAAUGGAUGACAGCAGCCGCUUGGCAAUACUCACAAUCACCAACAACUUGAAAUCCUUCAGAAACCAACACAGGAGCAGCUCUGGAUGUGAAGCAUGAACAUCUGUGUGAGCAUGUGCAGGUAAUGGGACCUGCACUGUGGAUUCAAUUUUUUUUUUUUCUGAACACUGAUUUGUCCUCUAAUGUCAUCAUGGGAUCUUUGCUGUCCGUCACUCUGCAGCUGGUUUCCACACAUUUGUGGCUGUGCUGGUGUUGGUUAUUAAUGAUGUUUACUGAUGGUGAGAGACAUUAUUGCGUCGGUGCUGCUUAGUUUUUAGGAACACUUCUGCAGUUCAGAAUUGUGUGUUUAGCUUCUACUUCAGAUAAAAUGGUGCCUUGUUCUUUGUCUUUUUACCACGUCUUGCCAAUAACGUUGAAUUAUUUUCCACAAGGUCGAGCCCAGUUAUGAAAAGAUCAUUUUUAAUAUGAUUAUUUUUCAGUAGAGGAGAUUUCUUAUUUAUGGACACUUGAAUGUGUGAUGUGGAGGGCAGAUGUUCAUGUUUACAAAAAUCAUCUGACAGUAUGGUGUGUGGAAGAGCACAUUCCCUUGUCUUGAUAUUAAUGUGUGUGUGUGUGUGUGUGUGUGUGUGUGUGUGUGUGUGUGUGUGUGUGUGUGUGUGUGUGUGUGUAUAUAUGGCGGGGGGGGGGGGGGCAGAAGCCUGUGACUCAGUCGAAUCUGCGCUGGUUUCCGCUCCAUGUAUGGUGAUAUACACACUGUUCUCUCUCCAGCUCGCUCUCACUCAGUUUGCUUUAUAAUGAAUUUAGCAAAAACUUGACAUGUGAAGCUUUAUUGUAUCCAGAUGUAUGUAGAUAAGUCUUUUUAAAACAAAUAGAUUUAAUCAGAUAUUUUAUUGAUGGAUCUGUUUGUUAGAUUUUCUUUCUGCUGCUGACAGCAGUCGUCCUCACUGUGCUGAUCAUUGACACGGCACGUGUGUCAAACAAAUCCACGACAAGAAUUGGUCUUUGUUGUUGCGUUGGGUGACUUUUUUUGUUUAUUUAAAUAAACUUUUAGUUAGGGCUGGGUGAUGGUCUGGGAGUGUGCACCGGUACCAUGCUUCGCAGCAUUCAUGACACCUCGAAACUGGUUUGUGUCCUGGAUGGCAAUCACCUGGGCAGACAACUGGUCAAUCCCCAUGUCUCUAAAAUAAUCACCUAUUUGCCGUCCCCUUGGCCUUCUCUAGGCACUGGGGCCCUCAGCACUCAGGCACCUGCGUGCCGGAUUGUGCACAGAGAAACACACCACAUGGCCAAAACGUUGAAGCUGAUGCUCCCUCGUCAUCCACGUGAUAUUCCUCGACUCAGUAACCACUCAGCUGAUACAGAGUCCUUCCAGCAGUAUCCAAGGAUCCUCCGAGGAGACCUAGUACCAAAGACAUCUGCCUUAGAUCACUGGUUAGUGUCCAGGUCUCACAACCACACAGGAAGCACCAGGACCCCGAAGACUCCAUUAUUUCAAACUUUUACCUUGAUUAGAAUUAAAGAACAAUUAACUUUAUAUGUUUUAUAAAAAUGGUAUUUUACACUGUUUCAUCUGCUGUUGGCAGAUCUCGGGUUGUUUUGUGUGGGCAUCCACUUUACUCUUGAAAAUGUAACUUCAGGCACCUCUGCUGAAUCAGGUCAAAAUAAAACCUGCAUGACUGGGCAGCACUGGUUUACACAGAAAUUUAAUGAGCUGCUGUCCACCAGUCACCACUAAACUGUAAUGCACUGCACAGUAAAACAUCAAAUUUAUACUUUUUUUAAAAAAAUGACACUUACACAUGAAAAUGGCUUCAACAACGCAGCCGUCAAGUGCACACAACAUGGUGUGGUAGGAGUUAAAGAAGGAGGGAAGCUGCUCAGUCAUGAGAUGUUCAACAGCGUCUUUUCGCGCAUGAUCACCAAAGGAGCUAUUCCUGAGAAGAAACAUAAGUAAAAAGAAAGGAAAUUUGUGUGUAUGUGUGGGGGAGUAGUGGUGUCACACUUUUAUGUUCAUUGUGCUGAAAUCAGCAAAGUAAAUGUCAGAAAAAUUGGGAGUCAUAUUAACUAACAUAAACACGAAAGAUAGCGAGAGGAUCCAACUGUCAAUUUUAAUAUAUUUUCGGUUACACUUUGCGGCGUUGUGAAUUCACCCAUUUUUCCACGUGUGUAGUCACAUUAUUAGAGCAGGUGUGUCCUAGCUUUUAGGAUGAAGCUUUAGUAUUCUGUGUUUGUUGUUCUUUUUUGUUGUUGUUGUUGUUUUCUCCUGUUGUAUAAAACUGUGUGGAAUCAUGACUAAAACUG